AGGGCCCAAGGAGAGAGAAAGGCCACAGCCAUGGACGGGCCGACGGAGCCGGGAAGCGGGCAAGUGGGCUUGCCAGGGGGAAGCUCAGCGGCUGCCAGUGAGGUUCGAAGCCCGAUGGCUGCGGAGCAAGGCGCGCCAAUGGAGCAUGGAGAAGUUGAGGACUUCUCCCAGGAGCCACUCGCAGAGCGCCUCACGAGUAAAGACCUGGCCCGGCGCUGCUCGGGCUACGCGGAGGCCCAGGCCUCGAUGGCGGACGGCGAGGUGUGCCGAGUCUUCGCGGCUUCCGCCGAGCAGAGCCUGCAGGAGGCCCUGCCCAAGGGCCAGGAUGCGGGCCUGAAUGCAGCAGCGGCUUAUCUCCAGCACUGCCCUGGCAUUGCCGACAAGCCCAAGGAGCUGCUGCCAUGGGUGCGCAAGCUGGCUGACCACAAGGCCGUCGACAAGCCAAAGAUUCAGCAGCUGGCUCCAGUGAUUAUUCUGCUCAUCGCGGAGAUUGUCGAAUGCCCCCCGGUGUUGCAGGAGCUGACCGCUUGCCUCAGCGAAUUGGAGGCCUCCAAGAAAAAGAGUGUGGGGUUCGUGAAGAAGCAGGUGGCCUUCAUUGUCAAGGUGGUGGGCUGCCUCUUGGCGGAUUUCGGGGUAAAGAAGAUGCCGCCGAAGCUCGGGUACUUGAGCAUUGUGUUGAAGUACGUGGCAGACAGUGACCGCGGCAUACGCGAGGCAUGCUACGGUGUGCUAGUGGAGCUUGCGGCGUGGAUCGGAGACAUCUCUGAGCUCGUCAAGGAGAUGGAUGAGCCGCAGAAGAAGGAGGUGGCAAAGCGGCUGGAGGCCAAGGAAGAAAAGACGCAGCCGAAGCGUCUCUAUCGAGGUGAGGCGCCGCCGACCGCGACGGCGGCAAGUGCAGGCGAACUGUUCGACAAGGUGGAUCCUUUCAAAAAGCUUCCGAAAGGAUGGUGCAUGAGCGCUGUGAAUUCCAUGGAGAAGUGGAAAGAGAAGCUGCAGCAUUUGCAGGUCUUCUCCAGCCUCCUGGAGGGCCCGGCGGAGCAACACAUGCUGCAGGCGGACGCUCAGACUUUGCAGCCUCUGGCGGUGACGCUGCAGCGCCUGCUGAAGAGUGAAAGCAACAUCCCUGUGCUCACAGAAGUCGCAAAGUGCAUGGGCCUCUUGGCCCGGGGCCUGCGGCGGCACUUCGAGCGCUGCGCGCGGCAGCUGCUGCCCGUGGCCCUGGCGCGGAUCAACGACAAGAGCGUUUGGAAGCCCAACUGCCUCAUCGAGCGAGUGGAGCAGUUGUUGUGGUCGCUGCCUCUGGACGCCUUGCUGGAGGAGCUCACCGGCCACAUCUGCUCCAAAAGCCUUUUCGUGAAGAAGGAGGCGAUGAGCUUGCUGCUGCGUGCAUUGGAGCUGCCGCAGGUGCAGGACAUGUAUCCGGAUGCCCUGCAGCGGUUCUUUCCGACCUGUGCCAGCAUGGUGGUUCCUCUCAUCGACGACUCCGACAACACGGUGCGCCAGGAAGCUGCGAAGACACUCGCCAAGCUCGCCUCCAGCAACCAAGAUGCCGCCGACCAGCUCGUCGCAGCCCGGCUGCCGGCGCAUCGAAGGAACCUCUACGAGGAGGAGGUCAGAAAGCUUGGUGGGGCCUUUAUGGGCAAGGAUGCGGCGUCCCCGCCGGAGCUGCGGUCGGUACCUACGCCGCUCUCCCCAGCUACCACGCUGUCGCUUCGGGCCUCGCCGCUGAAGAAGCUGCAGGCGGUCACGGUGGAGCCGGAAAGGCCACUGAAGCCGCUGUGGCAGGCAGAAAGGCCAGCAUCAGCAGCCAGAGAGAGACCAGCAUCAGCAGCUAAAGAGAGGCCAGCAUCACCGGCCGCCAGAGAGAGGCCAGCAUCACCGGCUGCAGAAAGGCCAGCAUCAGCAGCCAGAGAGAGGCCAGCAUCACCGGCUGCAGAAAGGCCAGCAUUAGCAGCUGCUUCACACGCACCUCCCGUUGCCCCAGAGCCUUGUGAUGCGGAGACGCCGCUGAUCAAGCAGAUGGCGGAGGAGAUCAAGAAUCUGCGGUCCAAGGUGAAGCAGCUCGAGUUGGACCGGGGGCGGAAAGUGGAGAAGCCGGAGCCGGAGACACCGUCUCCAGGGCCCACGUUGGAAAUGAGCAGGUUGCGGGCGCCGGUGUUGAAGAUGGAGAGGGCGCCCUCAGCAGAGCGCCGCGACGAGACGCCCCGGCGGCUGGAGGCGCGCGAGGCGACCCCGCCGCGGCGCCGCGAGGCCACGCCAACCAGGAUGGACUUGCGGCGCAGAGGCGAUACGCCCACCAACCGGCCGGCGGUGUUGCGCCAGCCCAGCCCCUUGCGGCGUGAGCCCACCCCAACUCGGCGCCGGGAGCCUACUCCGACCCGGCAGCCGACGCCCACCCGGCAGCCAAUGCGUCAGUCGCGGCCGGCGUCGCCGCUGCGACGCGAAGCAACGCCCACCAGGAGGGAGAACCGGGAACCAACUCCGCGGCAUGGAGUUGAUUCAACGCCUACCAGGCGACGGCCUGCCACACCGCGCACUCCAGGCUAUGAGAGAAUGUGCCAGGACCAUUCGGGGGAAAACUCCAUGCUUUGUGAGAGCGUGGUGCCUUUCCAGAUCGGCCUGCCGCGGCUUUGCAAGCAGGUUCGGCAGCAGAAGGAGAGGAGCCAAUACUGGGGCCCCGAGCCCAUCCCCGGAGACCACCUCUCCGCGCUGCGGGAGCAAUGGCGCGUGAGCCUCGAGGAGUGGCUCUGGCGCCAGAUGUUCUCUGACCGCUUAGAGGAACAGCUGGCUGCCCUUCAGCACUGGCAGCAGCAGUCCGAUGGAUAUUUGGAGCUGAUCCUCGAAGCUGACGUGCUGGACAUGCUGAUGAAGUGGCUCACCUGGAUGUUCACCAACUCCAACACCAAGGUUUGGAAAUCCAUCUUGGACGUGCUGUUGGUGCUGCUGAGAAACCUGGAUAGUAUCGGGAUGCAGCUGACCGACCGCGAGACCCAAAUUCUGGUGCCCAACGUGGUGGAGCGCUCUGGGCACAACAUUCUUACAAUCCGUGAGAUGAUGCAGGACGUGUUGAGGCUUUGUGGGGCGGUGGCUCCCAGGGCGAAGGUCCUGCCGUUGCUGCUCCAUGGGCUGAGCUCCAAGAACAAGCGGUCCGCUGCUUGCAGCAUGCGAGCCAUUGGCGACCUCCUGGACCGGCCCACGGCGCUGUCACUUCUCAGGUCCCAGAAGGACAUGGGCCUGGUGAUGAAGCUCACCGUGGACAAGGAUCCGGACGUCCGGCGCUCCUCUGUGCAGACCCUGGCCAUGCUCUCGCUGCACCUGGAUGAGGCGACGUCUUCACCAAGCUCUGCCGUGGUCUUCCGCCACUCGCCAAAGGCCCUGUGCAGCAGGCGGCCUUCCGCCUCCAGGAGCCUUCAGAAGAUAGCAGAUGCUAGGUGAAGCCUCGCUGGCAUAGCUUUCAGGCCUGCGUUGACCAAAUUCGUUCCGGGUGGAACGGCCGUCUCACCGUUGCAUAUGGCCAGUUCGGAAUGCCCACUCGAGGCAGAGGUUGACACUGGCAGGUGUGAAGCCUUCGGGGCUGCGUUUUCAGCAGCACUCUGAAUUCAUCCGUAGAGUUGCACCUUACCGCGGGAGCAACUGCGGUUGCAGCGUUAUGCAGAAAACGGGGGGUUGAUGCCAUGCGCUGAACAGCUUUGGCCUUGGGCAAGCUGACGUGGCCCGCCUGCACCCUCCCUCUGAAACCCAAGCACACAUGCCUGCCGUGCGCAGAGCUUUCCCGCUCGCCCACCCGACACACCACACACGCGCAGCA